GACCGUUUCUUUAUUCAUUCAUCGUGCUGUCUCGAGUUAAGCCGCAUUGUGGUGUGCUUGCACACAAAUAUAUGAAAACUGAACAAGUAAACCUUUAGAAAAUGUGCUACAAAUUAAAUGAGUGAUUUAACUGUUUAUGGAUUACAUUAGUGUAUUUAUAAUGAGUAUAUUUUUAUACUGACAGUGAUAAAAAGAACAUGUGUUUGAGAAUGCCGGUUGUACCAAAGAGGAGAUGCAACUUAUCUUGCCUUCUAUUCUUCGGAUUGAUCAUCCUGAUCAGCGGAGUAUGUCUCCUGUUCUUAACCCCAACAAUAAUGAAAUGCAUAUUGGAAAGUAAACUAGGCAUGAGUCCAAACUCUAAGGUGUUCAACAUUUGGAAGAAGAGCGAUGGCAGCACAUUCAUGGAGAUUUUUUUUCACAACUGGACAAAUCCAGGUGACGGACACGAUCCAACAGUAAAGCCCAAGUUUGAGGAAAUCGGACCGUUCCGGUUUCGAGAGUUCAAAGAGAAGUUGGACGUGUCGUGGAACGAUGACGAGACGAUCAGCUACAAGCAGAAAAAGAAGUGGAUAUUUGAUAGGAACAGCAGCUGCUGCAGCUUAUCCACUAAGCUGACCACAUUGAACGCAGUUUUGGUUACGAUGUCUCACAAGUCUAAGGACUGGAGUUUUCCGUUCAAAUCAGGUAUAAAUUUGGCAUUGAAAGCGCUAACACCUAACCUGUACGUAACGAGGAACGCGAGUGAAUUGUUAUUCGAAGGAUACGUGGAUCCGUUGCUGGAGAUGUCCACCUUAUUUCCGGUGAAGUCUGUGUCUCCAGACGGAAAAUUCGGAUGGUUUUAUGGGAAAAAUGAUUCUGCAGGUUUAGAUGGAAAACUGAAAAUCGAUGUUUCCGCAGGCGGGAAAGGAACGAUGAAGACGUGGAACGGUUUCCCGGAAACUAAGUACUUCAAAGGACUUUGCAGCAAAGUUCUUGGCUCAAAUGGUGAAAUAUACCCACCGGGUAGGACCAGAGACAAAGCUUUGUUCUUCUCGCCUGAUAUGUGCAGAAGCGUUACUCUGGAUUAUGAGAAAGACAUUAAAGUCCACGGCAUCACCGGAUACAAGUACAUAGCUCAUAAGAGCAUGCUCGAUAAUGGCAGUUUAGUACCUGAGAAUGAAUGUUUUUGCAACGGCAUGUGCAUGCCCUCCGGUGUACUUAACAUGUCUUCUUGUAGACACGAUUCACCGUCGUUCAUAAGCCUCCCGCACUUUCUACACGCGGAUCCGAUGUACGUGCACAGCUUGGAUGGUAUAAUCCCCGAAAGAGAUCGACACCAAUUUUUCGUCGUCCUGGAACCAAAUACAGGAUUACCGCUGAAGGUAGCCGCAAGAAUACAGCUGAACAUGCAUUUGAAACCCAUCGACUAUAUGACUUUAAUAAACGACGUACCUAACGUCAUGUUUCCGAUCCUGUGGUUCCAAGUGCAGGCCGAAGCUUCCAAUGAAUUUGCGUCUCAGCUGAAGAUGCUUUUCAGUCUUCCCAUAGUCUUUAAAUCGAUCGCUGCAGUUCUUCUCACCAUCGGUCCGCUUAUAACAACUUACGCUCUGUACGGGAAGAGGCGCGAUCGUGAAUUAGCAAACAUCGAGGAGAGAGAGCAAGUCCCACUGAAAAUCAGCAAAAUCGUCAACUAGAUUUACAUGGAUUAUAUACCAAAGAUUAUUUUUUUUUAAAUCGAUGCCCUGAGGAAAAAACUAGUCAAUCUAAACGUAAUAAUAAUUUUUAUAUGGACCAAGUGAAAAUCCCUUCGUUCAAA